UCGUCGUCCACAUGGCGGACGUGUACAACUCCGAGCUGACGCCACUGCAGCAGCACGCCGCCUUCUUCGACCGGAACAAGGACGGCAUCAUCUACCCCUCAGAGACCUACGAGGGGUUACGCGCGAUCGGGUGCGGAGUCGCGGUGUCUGCCGUCGGCGCCGUCUUCAUCAACAGCUUUGUCGGGCCCAAGACCGUCCCGGAGAAUGUGAAGGCUCCAGCCUUCAAGUUCCCCAUCUAUGUAAAGAAUAUCCAGAAGGGCAAACAUGGGAGUGAUACAGAUGCUUACGAUACCCAUGGAAGGUUUGUUCCUGAGAAGUUUGAGGAGAUAUUCAAGAAGCAUGCCCACACCAGGCCUGAUGCCCUAACAAGCAAAGAGUUGGAUGAGUUGCUUCAAGCAAACAGGGAGCCUAAUGAUUUAAAAGGACGGGCGGGUGCAUUUGGAGAAUGGAAACUUAUCUAUUCACUGUGCAAAGACAAGGAGGGAUUUCUUCAUAAGGAUACUAUCAGGGCAAUCUACGAUGGCAGCGUGUUUGUGAAGUUGGAGCAAGAGAGAAAGCAAGCUAAGGAAUUAGAGAGGAAGAAAUGA